AUGACGGUCUCUUAUCUGCCGAAGGAAGUGUUUGAGGCCAGAGAAACUGAAUUCCCUGUCCCGCCAGAUGAGCAGUGCCCCAAAGGCACUACUGCUAAGACAGAAGCCAUGAGGGUUGCCCGUGACAAAACCACUGGCAAAGUGAUGGACCAAAUUUGGCUUCAUCUGCUUUUUCUUUCAGGACUCCUGUCAUUAACUCUGUGUAAACCACAAGAGUAUAUUCUGUACAAGCAGUUAAAGACGUGGGAAAAUGCACAGAGUUACUGCAGGACACACCAUAUUGAUCUGGCCACCGUUCAGACUGAUGAAGACUGGACAAGUCUGAAAGAAGCUGCAGACGAAAAACAGUUUUAUGGCUUUGCCUGGAUCGGACUGUUCAAUGACAUUAAAAGCUGGCGCUGGUCUUAUAACGAGGAGAGUCUGGUGUUCGAGUCCUGGGGUCUUGUCCAGCCAGAUAACUACGGUGCGGGAGAGGAGUGUGUCGCCAUCUUUCCUAACGGAGCCUGGAAUGAUAUCUACUGCACCAUCGAAAAAUAUGUUGUGUGUUACGACGGUGAGAAACACGUAUAA